AUGGCCAAACGAAAGCGCGACACUCCGGAAGGGGAUGAUUCAUACAACUGGGGUGAUAAGAAGCUCAGGCUUCAAAGACUACGCCUGGAUCAGAAAGUCCAACAUGGCGUUGUGGUGCUUCAUCGUGCGCUCAAGGUUGCGCGAGGGUUUGAACGGCAGAAGCUGGAAAGGAGGGAGAAAUCCGCGAGGCAAGAGAGCGAUAGGUUGCUUUUGAACAGGCACAUGAAUGAGAUUGAAGCUUUAAAGGCUUUGGAUUUGCAUAACACUGCUGAAAGGUACCUAAUCAAACAGAUGAUAAAGACAAAACGAAUUGCGGAGUCUCCUGCAUUUAUCCAUCUGAAACUUGCGGAGCGUAUUUUGAAGGACGAAGGAAAGAUGAGCGACGCUGAAGCUAACGUUACUGCUCGGCUGUUCAAUUCAAAUCCAGUAAAGAAAGUUAUCCCAGGGUUGAUGGAUGAUAUACGGGAUAUACUUGGACUAUCUGGGAAUCAGCCAUUGAAGAAGGAUACGGCGAAGGAUAAAAACCGGUAUACUGCGCGUACGGAUGAGGAUAUACACACGAGCGAUGAUGAAGGAACAGACGGGGAAUCAGAUAAGGCUCAAGAAGGCGAAGAGAUGGACUUGUCCCGUUUUGACGGGCUAGUUGCUUCAGACUCAGAGGAGAACGAGAGUAGUCAUGGGGAUGAUGACAAGGUAAAGCCUGCAGCCGCAAAAUACAACCCAAUGGACGAUAUGUCUCUGUCACCCACACCAUCAACUGCAUCAGAUGAUUCGGAUGCAAUUACCACAAAAACAUCUAAACCGAAGCAAAAAUCCACCGCAUCUACUACCUUUCUCCCUACACUUAUGGGAGGGUACUGGUCUGGCUCCGAAUCUGAGCCAGAGAAUGACGAUACAUCCGCACUCCCAGUACGAAAGAACAGAAUGGGCCAACAAGCACGGCGAAAACUCUGGGAGAAGAAGUACGGCAACAAUGCCAAACACAUUCAAAAACAAGCCAAGGAACAAUCCCAAAGCAUCAACCGGGAUAGCGGUUGGGAUAUACGGCGGGGGGCUACGUCUCAGGAAGACACAAGAGGCAAAUAUGGAAGAAACAAGAUACGAGGAGGUAAACGAAAGGAGCCAGUGCCACCUCAUGCGCCCCAGGAACGGGCCGUGAAACCUCCUCCGCCAAAGGCUAAGCCGUCCAACGAUGACAAGCCACUUCAUCCUUCAUGGCAGGCAGCGAUAAAGCGCAAAGAAUCAAAGACCCAAGCUCCAUUCCAGGGCAAGAAGGUAGUGUUUGACUAG